AUGUCACAGCCCACUCUACGAGUCCUGUACGGGAGCCAGACCGGCACAGCCCAGGACACGGCCCAGAGGAUCGCCCGGCAGGCGAGGAGGAGACAGCUGCAGGUCCAAGUGUCGCCUAUGGAUUCUUACAAUGUGGCCAACUUGAUCUCAGAGUGUCUGGUUGUGUUUGUGUGUGCCACCACUGGUCAAGGAGACCCUCCGGACAAUAUGAAGAACUUCUGGAGGUUUCUCUUCAAGAAGUCUUUGCCUGCUGGCUCUCUAAGUCGGCUGGACUGUGCCAUACUGGGCCUGGGUGACUCCUCCUAUCCAAAGUUCAAUUUUGUGGCCAAGAAGCUGCAUAAGCGCCUCCUGCAGCUCGGUGCCAGCGUGCUGCUGCCUGUUGGGCUGGCAGACGACCAACAUGACCUCGGGUCAGAUGCUGUGAUCGACCCGUGGCUCACAUCUUUCUGGGGCAAAGCGGUUACUCUGUACCCGACAUUGGCUGAUGUGACUCCACUGAGGGACGAUGAGCCGCUCCCUCCAACGUACACUUUCCACUUCCUGGAUGGCGUGACAGAGAAGACGGACGACAGGCUGAGCAUUCCCACGGAGCAGCCCGUCCCCUCUCAGUCUCACCCUUUUCCCUGCAGACUCGUGUCUAACAGACGAGUGACGGACGUGUCACACUUUCAGGAUGUGAGACACAUUGAGUUUGAUAUCACUGGAUCCAACAUUGAGUUUGCUGCUGGUGACGUGGUGAUGAUGCAUCCUCGUAACUCAGCAGAGGACGUCCAGCAAUUCUGUCAACUGCUGAGAUUAGAUCCAGACGCCACGUUCAGACUCCGAGCCACAGACAACGCUGCAGUUCCAGCCCGCCUUCCUCAGCCCUGCGCGGUGCGCUACCUGGUGGAGAGCUACCUGGACAUCAACGCUGUGCCUCGCCGCUCCUUCUUCGAGCUGUUGUUGACCUUCGCCACCAAUGAGCUGGAGCACGAGAAGCUGAUGGAGUUCAGCUCAGCGGAGGGCCAGGACGAGCUGUUGAGCUACUGCAACCGGCCCAGACGCACCACGCUGGAGGUCUUGGCAGAUUUUCCCCACACAACAGCAGAACUCAAAGUAGACUACCUCCUGGAUCUGUUCCCUGAGAUCCAGCCUCGCUCGUUCUCCAUCGCCUCCUCUCUCCAGGCUCAUCCAAACAGGCUUCAGAUCCUGGUAGCUGUAGUUUCUUACAAAACCAAGAUUCAUAAACCACGAAGAGGCCUCUGCUCCACCUGGUUGGCCUCCCUGGACCCUGCACAAGGGGAGGUGUAUGUGCCUCUGUGGGUGAAAAAGGGAACUAUGAAGUUCCCUAAAGAGAAGGACACUCCUGUGAUCAUGGUGGGACCUGGAACAGGAGUGGCCCCCUUCAGAUCUGCUUUACAAGAGAGGGUGGCUCAGGGAAAAACCGCCAACGUCCUGUUCUUCGGCUGUCGCUCCCAGUCCAAAGACUUCUACUUCAGAUCAGAGUGGGAGGACAUGACGAAGGCUGGACACCUGACCCUCGUCUCUGCCUUCUCACGAGACCAGGAGGAGAAGGUGUACGUGCAGCACCGUGUGAAGGAGAACUCUGAGCUCCUGUGGGACCUGAUCGCCAAUAAGCGCGCCUGUUUUUACAUCGCUGGCAAUGCCAAAGAGAUGCCGGCCAGUGUGUGUGACGCUCUGAAGGAGGCGUUCCAGCAGGAGGGCGGCAUGUCCGCUGAGGAAGCAGAGCAAAUGCUGACAGCCAUGGAGAGGUCGGGCCAGUUCCAGAGUGAGACCUGGUCCUGAUCACAUGACCUCCACUCCUCACAUGACCACUGACUCCAACUGCUGCUGCUGCCCUGCUGCCUGCAUGAGACAAUCCCUGCUCUCAUCAGGCUGCAUCAGCAAGUUGAAUUCCAUUCUCUAACUUCACGUGUGACAAAGCACGCUCAAAGGUUCACUUACAAGCUUUUCUAG